CAACCCACGCCAUUUUUCCUCCCCGCCCAUUUCUCUCUUUCCUUUUCUUCUCCACUUCUCCUUACCUGAUCAGUUUUUCGGCCACCGUUCGACGGGAACAAGAUGGCAAUCGAACCCACUGGCGCUAGUAAUCACGUCGCCGACCUCCUCUCCGAUGAGAGGCCCAUGUGUCGUGAAAUGAAGCUGUCUCCUUCAACAGCUUCCUCCUCUUCGACUUCAGGCGAGCUCAAACAUUUUUCUGGCGACUCCUUUCACUCAGUGGGUCAUUAUGGGUUUGUGAGUGUAGUCUUUGAUACUGUUGGUCAUGUAUGGGGAGAUUGGUGCCCCCGUGUACAUCUGAUGAUAUUUGAUAUGAAAAACCACAGACCUCCUUUUGGUAUGGAAAAGAAAAGAGAGUAUAUAUAAAAAAAAGAGGGUUGGUCAGUGAGGAUUAGACCGGUCGACCAUAUACAGGGGAUCGACUUCCCGGUGCACACGUUUGAGAGGGCGGGCGAUGUGUAAGGACGGCUCGUCGGGAGUUUCAGUGACACCACUGACCAAUUACCAACAUCCACUACUUGUAUGUGGAUGUUGUGUUGUGUCACGUGCUUAACUGAUUGGAUGUUCAUUUUAGUAUAUUAGGAAGCAUUUCAUGUGAAUGCUUGUGAUAUACAUUAUUUGUUAUUAUUUACUGAGUUGUAAAACUCACUUCUGUUUAUUUAAUUUUUUUGGAAGUAGAUUCUCCAUCGUUCCAGUUAAAA